AGCGGACACAGGCCCUCUAGUUGAAUAUAAAUUAAUGAACAAAGAAACAUUUUGAAGUGACGCUCAAGGCAAUAAAAGAAGCAAUAAAUGAACGGAAAAUUUAUGUAUACUGAUGGCGCUCGACGGCAAGGCGAUAAUUAAGGAGGAGAUUACCGACAAGGACGCCUACGAGGCAGCGGGAGCCGCUCUGGCGGUCUCCACCGCGGCGCCCGUCCAGGUGCCGCCCGCCUCCUCGACGGCAGCGGCAUCGGCGGCAGCGUCGGCGGCCAACAACAACAACACAUCAGCGGCGGCAGCCACGGCGGCAGCAAUUAGUCGCCGGCUUAAAGCCAGCAGCAGCGGCGGGGACAAGAGCUCCUCCUCCUCGUCGAGCAGCAAGGACGGCACCACACACACAUCCUGCAGCAGCAGGGGCGAGCGGGAGCGGGAGCGGGAGAGGGAGCGGGACAGGGAGCGGGAGCGGGAGCGGGAGAGGGAGCGCCUGUGCCGCACUCCGCCGGACUCUCCGCCGGACAGCUCGCGCAGCCUGGCCCCCCGCUCGCCGCACUCCCCGCUGCAGCUCCACCAGCGGCCGCAGCGCACGGCCAGCGUCUCGCCGGUGGUCAACGGCUCCUCCGUGGGCUCCUCGGGCACCUCGCCCACGCCCACCGUGCCCGCCGGACAGCAUGCCGCCUCCCUGGCCGCCGCAGCCGCCGCCGCCGCAGCAGCCGCCCACGUGGAGCAGGCGCGGCUGGUCGCCAAGAUGAGGAAGUUCCUCGGGGCGCUGGUCCAGUUCUCGCAGGAGCUCGGCCAGCCGGAGGUGAGCGAGCGGGUGCGGGCCCUGGUGCUCUCCCUGUGCUGCGGCAGCAUCUCCGUGGAGGAGUUCCGGCUGGCGCUGCAGGAGGCCAUCAACCUGCCGCUCCGGCCGUACGUGGUGCCGCUGCUGAAGAACAGCAUUGCGCUGGUGCAGCGGGAGGUGCUCGCCCUGGCCAGGGCCACCAACCAGUCCGCCCUGCAGUACGUGACCAACAACGAGCAGGCCGUGAUGGAGUGCCCCCACGGAGUGGCCAGCGCCGAGUUCGGGGACAUCUUCGUCCAGCUGGAAGCGCCCGCCGCCAACGGAGGUCCCAGUGCGGUCUUCAAGCGCCGCUCCUCGGACUCCAUGAUGGAGCACGGCGGCCACAACGGCCUGCAGGAGUGGAGCGAGUACAUGGCCAGCGGCGGGGCGGGCUACCCGCCGCCCAAGCGGCUCACCCUCCACCCCGCCCACUCGGUGGUGGCCUACGGCGACUACGGGGUCACCUCCGCCGAGGGACUGCCCGCGGCGGCGGCCUUCAUGCAGCGCGACGAGCGGGAUCUGCGGCUCAGCGAGGCCCAGGCCAGGCACGCCGUUCCGCCGCAGCGCAAUCCCGGCAAUCCCAAUCCCAACGCCAACCCGAACCCCAACGCCAAUCCGAAUGCGGCCGCCCAAGGAGCAGCGGGUGCGGGCGGCGGCGAGGAGGAGUGGAAGAACAUCCACACCAUGCUCAACUGCAUAUCCGCGAUGGUGGACAAGACGAAGCGGGCCAUCACGAUCCUCCAGCAGCGGGGCAUCGAGCCGCAGCACCCGAGCGGCGGCCAGGAGGUCACCCCGGCGGCCAUGGCCGAGCUGCGCCGGCAGACCGAGGAGAAGGUCGCCGAGUUCAAGCGGAACGCCGAGGACGCCGUCACCCAGGUGAAACGCCAAGCAGUCAUUGAAAUCCAGCGGGCAGUGGUGGCCGCCGAAACCCGGGCGGCAGAGAUCAUGACCCAGGAGCGCCUGCGCAUGGAGAAGUUCUUCAUGGAGAUGAGCCGGCACUCCAGCGGCGAGCGGGAUCUGGACAACAAGUCGCCCUCGAUGGCCACAGCCCAGAAUGGAAGCAAUCUGCAGCAGCAGUGCUGGAACUGCGGUCGCAAGGCCACGGAAACCUGCUCCGGUUGCAACAUGGCGCGGUACUGCAGCGCCUCGUGUCAGUACAGAGAUUGGGAUAGUCACCACCAGGUGUGCGGCAACUCGCGGGCCAGCGAGCUGAGCGCCAAGCACCUGCACUCGGCCAGCAGCCUGCGCAGUGCGAUGGCCACCAGGUCCCCGCCCACUCCCAACUCGGCCGCCCACCUGCAGGCGGCGGCGGUGGCAGCGGCGGCUGCUGCGGCGGGAGCGCGGGAGGCGGUCAGCGCUCCAGUGGGAGGUCCUGGUGCAGGAGUGACCGGAGGAGUGGCACCGGCGGGAGGCGGUGCAGCAGGCGGCGGAGGAGGAGGCGGCGCGGGAGCAGGAGGAGGCGGCGGCGGCGGAGGAGGAGCCUCGUCGGUCGCUGUGGCCGCCGCAACUCCGGGCGCUUUGGUGGCCAACGGGUUGGGCUCCAAAUGACGCAUUCGCAUGAUGAAACCCAAGAAGAAGUACUUGUGCUAGUCAAAUUAGAGGGGGGUGAACCACAAACAUAUACACACACUUAAAGUUAUGCAGCUAAUAUAGAGUUAUCCAAAAACCAAAAACGGAGGAGCAUCGUCGCUAAAGACACGGAAUACUAGGGGAUGCCCGACAUCCAGAACUCAUAAAUAGAUACAGAUCGAUGUGCAUUUUGUCUAGAGUUUACACACUUCAAUGUUUUAAACAGCUAACCAUUAAUGAUCGGGUCGAAGGGUAUAAGUAAAGGAUAAAGAUAUAUAACUUAAUUCACUCAAAUGUACUUUUUAAGGAACUUAUCCUUCGAUUCUCAACCUGUGACUUAAUGUACGGAAUUCCAUUUACCAUCGGCACCUUCACAAGCUACAGAAGAUACAUAAAUAUUAUUAACGUAACGAUAUGUGCACGCUAUUAAAGAUUACAUAAGCAAGUAAAACUAAAGCCAUCAAAUUCAAUUGGAUCAGCAAAUCAGUAAAUCAGUAAAGUUCUGUAAGUAAGCAACCCAAAGCGAGUAAAAACAAAACUGAACAUAGUAGAUUUUAUUCAUACAAUACAGUAUAUUACUACGGAUAUGAUUACGAUUACGAGUAUGGCUAAUUUAUUGAGCGAGUUUAAUUUAUUGAUUAGUAUUUAUUGUACUCCCUAAACUAAAGCGUAAUGUACUUUUAUCAUAAACGAAUACCGAGUAAAUGUUACUUACACCUAAACCCAAACCAAGGCUGCAAGGCUGCGACAAAGAAACCCAAGAAAUAAAGUGUUUUAAACCAAA